GACGCCAAUCCUGGAGGAAGGCGGUGUCCGCCACGUGGCCGUAUGGGUGAUGAUAAAGUUCAAAACGUCAAAGAUCAACACAACCUUGUCCUCCCUAUUUCUCGUGUGGCAAUACGCUGCUGGCAGUUACAAGUGUGUUUGCAUUGCCCCUUGGACUACUUAGUGCUGCCUGCUAUGCUACACAGACAUCUACACAACAGAAUCUGGAGGAGGGCUGCGGUGGCUGGUGAUGAAGGAGCGGCGUCCAAGAGUCACUGUAAGGCGUGGCAGUAUAACAGGGAGCGCCGUACCCAAAUUCGUUCCCCGCAGACUAGGAACAGGCCACUGACUCCAAGAAGUCAAUGUCCCCAUUGGUUCAAUGACGUGAGGCCCAAGACCCAGUGUUGGCUGAUUGAUUCCUUUGUUGGGCGGCGAGGAGCGGCGAGGAGCAGGCCAUCCGCACUCUCCUCGAGACGUUCCACAUGUGCUGAUGAGGAUGGUGCCGAGAUGAUAUGAGAGGAGAGAUGAAUUAGGAAAGAUUAAGAUAGUUUCGUCUUGGAAAUUCUUUUGAACUUUUACUGUCAAUGUCGUAUUUUGUUGACAUUAGUGAAAUGGAAUGUUGCUUCGGAAAAUGAUAAAGAAGGAUGAUUCUUUUCUGUGUUGAAGAAUUAGGUAUUUGAGAGAGCAGUGCAGAUAUGUGUGUCUAAGCAGUAUAGCAUGAGAAAGCAAUCACAUUGCAGUUAAAGGUCUAAUUAGAAAAAAUAUAUAUAUACAUACCGGUACACUAAAUAAAAAAAGUACAUAAUCGUAUCUCAAAACAAUGGAAGAGCGAAACAUCCUGUCGGUAAUUAAAGUAUCAACAAAAAAAGGAGGCAUACACUCAUACGGCAGGUGUUUCAAUAAUGGUUGCACGACAAGGUCUGAAAAGUGCUGAAUCCACUCGGAGAGAGGAAUAUUGCACAUAAAGGCGCAAAACCCAUUCGAGUUCUGGAAAUGACUUCAAAGUGUAUGAGUUGCAGGACAUAAAGUGGAUGAAUGCAGCCUGUCCUGCAGUAUAGUGGCACAGGACAUGAAGGAAUAUAGGUGCUGGUGCCGAGAGGAGAAAGCCCAACGAUACAGCUAUACACAUUCUUUUCUUUUCACUUAAAUGGAAACAGGGAUAGAAAUAAACAAUAAAUUGGAAAGAGAGGAAUGAAAAAAAGUAGGUUUCUCAAUGCUAUUCCAGAAGGGACUAGCGGCAUAAUUGAAGAAAGGUUGAAUUAGUCCCCGAGAGGCCACUACACCACCGAAAAAUGGUUUUGUUCGCGCAGUGCUGCCGUGUACUGAAUCUGGCGGUAGCUAGGGGGGAAGAGAGGAAGGGGUAGCUGAAAUGACUGGCAGUGGAAAGAAUUGUAAUUUUAUGUAAAUAUGAUGUGUAUUGUGAAAGUAAUGAUAAAACAACCGAACAACAAGCAGCAAAAGUAACAAGAACAUAAUAUUUUCAAAGACCAUCCCCGCCAAGUGGAGGAAUGAAUACCUACAAAAUUAUAUGAAGAAAAUAAGAUAUAGUAGAAGAAGAAGAAAAGAAAAAGAAAUGAUAAAGAAAAAUGACAAAUAAACUGACAGAAAAUGAAAAGUGUCAGGAGUAAGUAACGCAGGGACAAAGAGAUGGAUGGAGAGAAGAUGGUGAAGGGGAUGGAAAGGAGGGAAUAAAGAGGGGGAAGAGAGGUGAGGGGACGGCAGGAAUAGGGGAACGGCGGUGUGUCUUGUGGUUGCGUCUCUUUACCCUCUCAAUAAUUUAUGAGAACGUGUACCAUUCUCUCUCUCUCUCUCUCUCUCUCUCUCUCUCUCUGUACUGUGUUUUUUCUCCUCUUUUGUAGUUUGUUACAUUUGCUCUUUCAUCGUAA